UGAAUUUGGACUAAUAGUCUCUCUUUCGGCGGGAAACGAAUCAGUCGGCAAAGAAACGCGGUUGCGUAUCUACACACUUAUUUCCUAAGGGUCAUCGGGUAAUCGGGACUUAAAUUGUCGCAGAAAAUCAGUUGUUGGUGUAAAAGAAAAUGCGGUUAAUAGACGUAUUGUCAAUCGCAGUUCUUUUGCUGUUGAUGCAAAAUUCAAUUGCCGAAAUCCCAGGUUGCGACUUCUACGACACCGUAGAUAUUUCAAAAGCACAAAGGUUCUCGAACGGAACGUACCUUUAUGAAGGCUUGUUGAUCCCCGCCCACUUGACUGCUGAAUAUGACUUCAAGCUCCUGGCCAACGGCUCAAGUGAGAGGGUGGCGACCCACGUAAGAGGAUGUGUCUGCCAACUAAGGCCCUGCAUCAGGUUUUGCUGCCCUCCGUACCACAAAAUGCAUAUGAGCAAGUGCAAAGGCGACAUGUCAAAGGUCGAGUUGGACACGCACGACCCCCUUGUGAACCUGACGCUCCGCGAUGGGUCGGUGGUCAAGAGACACUUCCAGGAGGACCUAAUCGUGCAGUCGGAUCUGGACCUGCCCGGAUGUCCCAAGAUGUAUUUUCUGGAUCACGAAAUGCCGGGCAACGGCUUCACUCUUUUUGAGAAUGGAUCCCUUCUGCGUCACUGGGACACCAAAGAGUUGAACAAGCGGGAGUACUGCGUCCAGCAUCUUUCAUUCAAGGGUAAAAGUACCCGAAUUGCGCCCCACUUCUGUCCUCUUUCAUCUCAACCCACCAAAACAUGGAAAACCGUUGCGAUAGUGCUAUCCCUAGUAUGCAUAGUCCUCACGAUCAGCGUGUACCUCUACGUCGAGAAGCUUCGCAACCUACACGGGAUGUGUUUCAUCUGCUACUUGGCCUCCCUGUUCCUGGGCUACCUCUUCCUGGUCCUAAACUUGUGGAGAUACUCAUCCGGCUUCUGCAUUACAGCAGGGUUCCUGGGUUACUUUUCCAUCAUGGCCGCGUUCUUUUGGCUUUCUGUCAUCAGCCUUACUCUCUGGAAUACAUUCAGCGGCAGCUCCAGCUGGUUGAACCGUUUCCUGCCGGAAAAUCGGUUCCUAACUUAUAAUUUAUACGCCUGGGGAAUGGCGCUACUCCUGACCGCAAUCACCUAUAUAGCUGACCAGGUGGUUAAGAACGAGCAGUUGAAACCCCGCGUGGGCGUCGGCAGAAAUUGUUGGAUUUAUACUGGGGAUAUGGGUGUCAUGAUCUACUUCUAUGGCCCGAUGCUACUGAUAAUCGUUUUCAACACAGUAAUGUUCGUCCUGACGGCUAUUCGUAUCAUAAAAGUGAAGAAGGAAGCCAAAAACUUUACUCAACAGCACACAACAACCAAAAGGCUCAACUCGGACAAACAGACUUACACCCUAUUCUUGCGACUCUUCAUUGUCAUGGGCUUGUCGUGGAGCUUGGAAAUAAUAUCGUUUUUGUUGAGGAAGAACGAGGAUUGGGCGAAGGCUUUUUUAGUGGUUGACUACUUCAAUUGGUCGCUGGGUACCGUCAUCUUCGUACUCUUUAUUCUAAGGCCCGGAACACUGAAACUGCUAAAGGAGCGAAUUAAGGGUAAGAGUCAUGAAGUCGGCGCCAGCGAUGAAAAUAUCUCACUUCAGAAUACGAAAAUAGACCCCAGUGUUUUUUAAUAGACGUGCCAGGAAUACGAGACCAAAGCAACGACUACCAAGUACCAAGGUAUCGACAAGAAUACUUAGCAUUUAUCCACGGGUCUAUGGCUGACGUAAUGCAUUUCAGGAAUAUUUGGAAAUUAUAUUAGGAAUUAAUAUUUGGAACAAAUGGAACAACCCUUAAUUUAUAAUUAAUUAUUAUUAAUCAACUUCUCGAUUUGAAUCAGCAUUUAAAAAACUACAAAUAAUUAUAUUACAUGACUAACUAAUAUGACUUACUAACUUAUCGUUUGUUGAACAACGAUUCAUACAAUUGUUUUUAAUGAAUAACAUAAAUUCUUUCCACAAAAUAGUGUUUCCAGAGACUUAAAUAUUUAAAAUGUAUGGUGUUUAUAAUAAAAGUAAUCGCCGUGAAUCAAGUGA